AUGAAUUCUACAGAUAUCUUUGGUAUCGUGGUUGGCGCUCUUGCAAUAAUCGGUCUUUCUCUCGCUAUCAUACGAUCUCUACCAAGACGCUGGACACGCUUCUUUCGUUCACGGCUCUUUUCCAUACGUUCAUGGUUUUUGGCUUCAUUUUAUUAUCCCGUGAUGGCGCCAGUCCUUGGCUUUCGCCCGUUCAGGAAACGCUUUGAUAUCCUACUCUUUCUAAUCAUUCUCGCAGGAAACAGCUGCGCUGUCAGUGUUUGGGCACCGAACAUUCAAGGCGUCUCCAAACGUCUCGGCCACGCUGCUCUCAUCAACUUGAUUUUGCUAUCUUUCGGCGCUCGCCUCAACUACCUCUCGAAUAAAUGGUUGUGUCACUAUGAGCGGCAUGUCACCAUGCAUGGGUUGAUUGGUUUUAUCGCGGCAAUUGAAGCCACCCUUCAUACCCUUCUUUUGAGUCUAGAGAGUUCGCCGGAUCUAGACCAAGUUCGAACUGUCGCGGGCCUCGUUGCGUGCUGUGGCGCCGGCGCCGCUCUAUGCUCCUCAAUCUGCUUUUUUUUCCCUUGGCUCUUUGAUUUGUAUUCUGUGGUUCAUUCAAGCUUUGCGAUCUUGAUUUUGGUGUCGUUGUGGCUUCAUAUUCCUCAAGGCGAUCUCUUCGAGCCCCCACGGCUGUAUAUACUCCUUGCUUCGACGCUAUUCGCCGGGGUGAAACUUAUGAGGCUUGUAACAAUUGCAUAUCUUAGCCGAAGGUCUCUUGCUACAGUUCAAGUUGAUACAAAUCGUACGAUGAUUCAAAUAAGCGUCCGCCCUACUCGAACGCUAGACGUCAGAGCUGGCCAGUUCUUCUACCUGAAUCUUCUGGAUUUCUCACUGACUUCGGCGUUCCGGUCACAUCCUUUCCAAGUCUCAUGGGCCGACAGAGAUGCCAAUGGGCGGCAGGUCCUCGAUUUUAUCGUUCAGCCACGAAGAGGCUUCACCAGAAAGCUUCUGUUGGCUGAUCCUCGGGUUCAGUAUAAGAUUGCUCUGGAAGGGCCGUACGGUCGCCAUCCUCGGUUGGAAGAGUACGUAACAGUCCUAAUGUUUGCCACAAAUGCGGGCAUAUCUGGUCAUUUGCUCUAUAUGAAAGAGCUUUUUGCACUUCGUCAAGAUCCAUCAACUAGAACGCAGAAGAUAUCUUUAUUCUGGGAGAUAGAUGCAGAAGUCUACCGCUACUGGGUGAGAGAAUGGAUGGAUCACCUGCUGGGCUUGGACAAUGAGUCAAAUGGCGUCGAGUUCCUCGAUUUGCAUGUCUUUGUUCGUGGUGGUUACUUGUCCAGCGAGACGGAGCCCGGUCAGAUCGAACAACCGGGAGUGCGAGACAGACUGACAAUACACUAUUAUCCAUUGGAUGCCAGGAGUCAAGUAGCAUCGGAAAUUGAGAAAAGAGAUGGUCCAACAAUCAUAUCACGUAAGUUGGUUCUCUUCUGCACUAAACGUAUCUUGCUAAAGGGAUAG